CAAUAAACUGGUUUGUGUACUUUGUGUCAAGAUGUGUUAAGCAAUUGGAAAACACCCACUGUGUGCCGCUGACUUUAGACCCGUUAUUUUUACAAAAUUAUUUCCGAAGUCUUCGCUAUGAGCUGACACCAUACAUUAAUUGAGAUUUUAGAUACUGCUGUAAGAUAUGCUAUAGGUUAUACAAUUUUCGCGAAGGUGCACUUAAAUUGAUUUUUGUGUCACGUUGAAAGAAACACACAAUGGCACAAAGCAGAUUGGAAAAAAUCGGUACAAUAUAUAGCAGAAUUAACUCACUCUUACGUGGUGGAGCUAUAAAGCAAGAAGAUACACCAUUAUGGUUAGCAGUUUAUGAAGCUUUUCCUCCAAAAUAUGAACCUAGAUUUGAUAGACAAUUGCCAAGCAAACCUAUCAGAGCUAUUUUUUAUGAAGAAGAUCUCGUGCGAGCAAAGUUUCAUAAAGACCAGAGCUUUCUACCAAGUACUAAUUUAAAAAGCGAAGAUAUAAAAACUACAACCCAGUACUUUCUGUCUAUGUAUAAAACAAUACAAAAGGAAGGAGGAUUAUCAGCAGAUAAUGCAUAUGAGCGAGCACUGCUUCGAUACAGAUCUGAAAUAAACACAAAAACAAAGUAGAGGAAGGAACAGAAAUUAAAUUCAACAAGUCUUGUUCAACAACAGUUUAUAUUUUGUGACAAUCAAUAUGUUAAAUAACAAUGAGUUCUGGUAAAGUUAUAACGUGUGUAGUGAAUUAGGAAUGAUAAAUAAUUAUCAUGAUGAACAUAAGUGAA